AAACAGACAAAUAAAGAGCGAAACGCGCAAAGACUGCUUAAAACGACAGCUUCCAAUCUUGGUCGUUGUGGACUUCAUUCAUCCCAAAUCCCAAUCCCAAAAGAGAAUGAGACGGUGGCGGCGCCGUAGACAAUGAGAACAGCACAUUGCGAUUUCACCCAGAAGCUCCUUCCCUUCAACACCGCCCUCACCAAAUUUCCCCUUCAACGCACGCAACCCUUCUUUCUCCAGCCCCAUCGCAUGGCGGAACCCUCGCGAGCCGCAAAUACGCCCGCGCCGCACCCAAUCCAACCCAAACCCCACGCCCUCGUUGAUGACAACAAUCCCAAUCCGCCCAAGGAGAUUCCGCCGCCACCGGAGAAGCCGGAGCCCGGCGAUUGUUGCGGAAGCGGCUGCGUCCGAUGCGUUUGGGAUAUAUAUUAUGAGGAACUCGAACAAUAUAAUAAUCUCUACAAACAGAACGAUCCAAGCCCCAAACCUUCUUCAUAGUCUUCAGCAGCGCCUGG